AUGAUGAGGCGCUUGCCCGCCAAAUUCGGCGCAGAGUCGCUUCUCCAAGUUUUGGACCAGAUCGCCAAAGGCAGCUACGACUUCGUCUACGUGCCCCACGACAAGCGGAAAGAUCGCAACCUGUCUCUUGCCUUCAUGAACUUCGUCGAUCACGAGACUGCGCAGAAGGCCUUUGAGUUCUUCCGAAAUGUGCAGCAUCCAUCGAUGGGGCCAAGUGUGCGAGUAUCACAGGCGGACAUCCAGGGCUUGGGCAACAACCUCGCUUACUUCCUGGCCAGGUUUGGCCUGCAGGAGAUGAACAAUCCUCAUGCACCAAUGAUCUUCGAAAACGGGGCUCGUUGUGAAAACAUUCUGGAGGCAGUGAAGCAACACGUCAGCUUGGAGCUGCUUGUGCAGGCGCACAGCAGAAUGGAAGUGCAGCUGCAAAAGAAAACAGUGACGAAGCGAUCUGCGCAGCGAGGUGGCGAAAGGACAAGUCAAAACCGCGGCAGGCAAGCUCUGGCACCAGAUGCGGCUCAGGUGUGCGCACCGGGCAGCGCAGUUCCUUGCGAGAAGACGUCAUUGAACACAGGACAGAUGGUGAUUGACCCUGGUGAUGUGGCUGGGGAUCUCGACAGUUCAAGCCAGUUUUUCUUCCAGGAGGAAGAUGGGCGAGUCAGUUUCUUCCUUUAA